AUGAUUGUGGCGAUCUGGGCUGGGCGCGCCGACUCGACGAAAUACGGAGCCGUUCCAGUCGAAGCCGACGAGGUGACGAUAUGGUGCCCAACUCCUGAGCAGCCAUCGGAUAAACGCGCAACAGCAUUGCCUUGGAUCGACGCCCGAGGUCUGCGUCCUUUCAACGCGUACAACCAGCUUCCUGCAAACAAUGGCCAGGUCCUCAUGGAAAUCAACAGCAUGCGAUGUGUCGCGUAUGAAGCAGCGAUACCUCUGAGAACUGGAGAGCCUCCAAAAGCACAACCUUGUAGUCCUCUAACUCUACGGCAAGACAUUGACUCCUUGUCUGGUACGCAGCCCUUUGAUUCUGCUGAAUACAUAAGUUUGAGUCUGUUCAAGCGCCCGGAUCAGAGAGUACUCUCCGUCGAUGGCUUUUAUGCGGAGCAAAUACUUGCCAAACAGGAACGAGCAAAUCUCACCUCAGCACCGAUUCCAAUGACGACACUGAUGUUGUUGCUUCGCACGGUAAUAGAGCUUUCAAAGCCUUUUAAUGUCUUUAAUUACAUAAGUACUCAUCUCUUGGAACUGGGCGUUGCACUUCGGGGUGAUGCCGAGAUUCUGACCGUGAUGCAGAAGAUGGAGGUGACGGCGGAGCUCGAAAAUGGCGUUAUGAAUGGUUACCACGAUGAUCCAAUUCAUCUCGUGUCCUAUAGCGGGCCACCAGCUUUUAUCAAAGAGUUGGACAAGGCGCUCGCCGCACAAGGAUUUGACAUUCGCAAUUUGUGCAUCAUCAACAUCUCGCCUAAAGACAAUAUCACUAGCGGGAUCCUUGUAACUGGGUUUGCUAGUCUGUCUUUGGAAUCUCUCACUGGAGAAGGAUUCGAAGCCUUCAAGUAUUUUCUAAACAACGUUUUGAAUCUUGUUUGGGUAUCGCCAGGUGGGUUAGUAGAUCGACACAAUCCGGAGUGCGCCACGGCCGCGGGGUUAUUGCGCUCGCUCCGAUCAGAGAAGACGUCUCUGAAUGCUCCCUUUGUCGACUUUGACAUGGAAACAAUGACAGUGAAGAGCGCGGCUCGUUGUGCUGCUCAGCUAGCCGUGCGUCAAGCGAAGAAGGACAGUUGCCUCGAGUCAGAAUACUACUUCUCGGCAGGGAAGCAAUACAUUAGCCGGCUGCUUCCCGACAUAGAGAGCAACAACGUGUUCACCAAAGGGCAACAAAUACUCAAUACCUUUUCUUCGAUCCUAGCUUACGACUUUCCGGCCCCAUUCAGGCCGGAAAGGCACAGAAUUCAAGUCGAAUUUCAACCACGAGAUCGCUGGCGUGGUUACGAGCAUUGGGAGCGCCGUCACAAAAUUAAGCAAGGUGACCGCGUUCUCGGCUUCAGUGGCAAUAAGUUUGCAUCAUUCCAAAUCACUAACCAGCUGCUCAUUCACAAGAUACAUGAAGAGGAGCAGGCAAGUCGCAUGGCCAGUCUACCCAAGGCUUAUGGCAUGGCGGCCUACGGUUUAGAGACGCUUGCAAACUUGCAGCCAGCAGAAAAGAUCGUGGUCCUACCCGGAACGGGUUUCCCUGGCGAGGCUACUGUUAACACCGCGAAAGCCCUGGGAGGAAAGCCCUAUGUUGCCGUCCAAAGUGACUCAGAGAUGCAACUUGCCAUGAAACGCUUUAGUUUGAGUCAGAUCAAGUACUAA